AUGUCUACUUUUGGCACCCUCUUCCGAGUGACUACCUACGGGGAGUCUCACUGCGCUUCUGUUGGUGCAAUUGUCGAUGGCUGCCCUCCUGGCCUUCCGCUUGAGCCACAGGAUGUGCAAACCCAGCUCAGCCGACGGAGACCAGGCCAGAGCAACUUGACCACUCCGCGAGACGAAAAGGAUCUCGUCCAGCUACAGUCCGGCAUUGAGCACGGGAUUACGCUCGGUACGCCUAUAGGCCUUCUAGUCCGCAACGAGGACCAGAGACCGCACGACUACUCUGAGACCGACUUGUAUCCCAGACCCAGUCAUGCCGACUGGACCUACCUUGAGAAGUAUGGCGUCAAGGCGAGCAGUGGCGGCGGGCGAAGCAGUGCCCGCGAGACGAUCGGCAGAGUCGCUGCGGGAGCCAUUGCAGAGCGAUACCUCAAGCUCGUUCACGGCAUUGAGAUCGUCGCUUUUGUUUCGUCUGUGGGAAAAGUACACCUACCGUCCUCGGUUGGCUCUCAGGCUUCCUCUGAAGACGACGAUUCUGUUGAGGACAUUCUCAGCUCCGAGUUCGUGCAACUACUUCAGACGGUCACCCGCGAGCAGGUGGAUAGCCAUCCAACACGAUGCCCGCACACAGAGACCGCUGAGCGGAUGACGAAGCGCAUCAUCCGCGCGAAGGAAGCGUCUGACUCUAUCGGUGGCACUGUCACCUGCGUCAUCCGCGGGGUGCCCGCGGGCCUUGGUGAGCCGGUCUUCGACAAGUUCGAGGCGAAGCUCGCGCACGCGAUGCUCUCUAUUCCCGCAACGAAGGCGUUCGAGAUCGGCUCGGGCUUCCGCGGGACAGAGGCUCCCGGGAGCAGGCACAAUGACGCGUUCUUCGUCAAGCCCGACGGCUCCAUGGGCACGAAGACGAACUGGAGUGGCGGGGUACAGGGCGGUAUCACCAAUGCGGAGGAUAUUUACUUCAGAGUCGGGUUUAAGUCGCCUGCGACAAUUUCACAGGCGCAGGAGACCGCUCAAUACGAUGGCACCCCGGGUACGCUCGCCGCUCGGGGCCGUCACGAUCCGUGUGUCGUUCCCCGCGCAGUACCGAUUGUCGAGGCCAUGGCCAGUCUCGUCGUCAUGGAUCAGCUGCUCAUCCAAAAUGCGCGCAAGGCCACGGCAUCGCUUCUCCCCGCUAUCACCACCCUCCCGCCAACCAUGGUCAAGCCUGCGUCAGGGCAGGUUAACGGCAAACAGUGA